AAAAUACAUUUUUCCUAAUCGUCACUUGUUCGAUUUUCAUUCCCAAUAAAUACAUUCGUCUCUGCCACAGCUAGUUCAUUUAAGCAAGUCAUAUACAUAAGUGUAAUACAACUCAGACGAUUCAAAAUUGUCACCACCUAAUAACGACAUCAACGACUCAAUUGCUUUUUUUCUGUGUUAAGUUUCAUUAUUUCUAUCAUCAUUUCAGCGGAUAAAGCAGUCCUUUUUUCCAAUUUGUAUUUUUCAAUUGGCGUGGCUCAAGCCUUAGAAAACUAACUAGCUAUUUUCACUGAAAUAAUGAAGCUGUUAAUAUUAUUGGUCUUUUUGUCAUUGGCAAUAUUUGAUCAGUUUCAACUUGUUAGUGGUGACAAAUACGACUUAGACAAACCGGCUUUCACCACAAUAUUGACUGAAUUUGAUGCCAAAGCAAAAAAAGCAGAUAAAAAGUGUAACUUAAAAGAACGUUUGGAACCAUUGUUUGCACUUCCCAGAAAUCUCAUACCCGAUGAUUCAGGUGAAACUGAUUUCCUUGGGAAAAAGAUGGCUUUCAGUUAUUUGCCAAAUCUGGAUUUUGAAAUAGGGCAUCUCUUCGAUGGUAAAAUAAUAAACGGUGUUAUGCAGCUAAUAAAAGAUCAACUAACUCGUCUCUCUAACGAACGCCAGGAAGUACGCAAUUUUUAUCAUUUUAUUUUUGAUGGCAUUUUUGUCGAGCCAUUAAUCUUUCAAAUUGCACGAUUUUACGAUGCAUGCGAAAAGUUUGAUGGCAAACGCAUUAAUAAGGCUCACUUGGCUAAAGUUCAAAAUGAAUUAAGUGGGAUGCAAACAUUUUACAAUGAAAAAGUUCAAAUAAUAACUGAAAACAUGAGAGUGGCAAAUCAAAGAAGAAGUGAAUACAUAGCUGAAGUCGAACAAAUCAGACAGCAAUUGAAAGAGUUCACAAAAUCAACAAAGGAAAUUCGAGAAUCGGCAAAGAGUGUAUAUGAUGCGGAUCACUUGCAGACUUUAGCAAAUAUUCUGAAUAACUUGAGAGAAAAACAGGGACAAUUAAAGAUGGCUCUGUGUGAUGUUGCAUCGGCUGUGAAUAUGUAUAAAUUCAAACGACUCUUAUGGACACAAACAGUGAUGGGUGUUCAAUUCUUCUUGCAAACACAAAAAAAAUCAUCAAUAUUUGGACAAUGCUUGGGAAUAUAAUUAUUUAAAUAAAACUUUCAAUGUCAUUGUGGUGUAAAAACAUUUUGAU